AUGAUGUAUGGUACAUGCACCUCGAUAGAGUUGGAGAAUGACAUCAGCACGGGGUUUGCCUUGACUUCAAUCGUCGCGCUCGCAGCUCUAUGGUUUUCAUGUUUCCCGAUCGAGCAAGACGAGUUUCUUUUCCCUCUCAACGAAGAUCUCUCGCUGCGGAGACUCUUGAAGGGACAUGUACAUGUAGCUCCUGGGGACCCGCUGCGUUUCUUCGAUAGCGAGAACUGGAUAUCAAACCCUGACCUCAACGGUCCAACCAGGAGCCCGGGCACCAUUUCAGACGAGGCUGCAAGGCGGCGUGGGGAGCAGAAGCACGAUAUGAGUCAGGGACCAGGUCAGGGACCCCCGCACGAGGAAGGGGAUGCAGUUUGCAGGCACAGAGGUUACAUCGGAAUCAACAUCUCCCUUAUCCCUGGUAUCGGAUGGGGAAACCUGGGCCUUGCCCUCUUGUUCGGGCUCUUCAACGACUCAAUCAGCGACGGCCGCGAGCCUCUGCUGUUCGGAGAGGUACAUCCCAGUGCACUGAGCCCGGAGUAUCCGCAGCAUGAGAGGGUCAAGAAGAUACUGAGAGCGCAGGAGGACAUGAGGAGAAGACAACUUGCAAGGACCAAGACGGAUAUUCCGAUGAUUCACGCCGUCGAUCAUAUGCACUUCCAUCGCCCGCGGCUGGUGGGGAGGCCCAACCUUGGAAUCAUCUUCUUCGAUAGCGUCAGUUUUAGCCCGGAGUUGAUCUCAGCCGCGGAGCGAAAUUUCGAUGGAAUCAUUGUUGGGUCUACAUGGAAUGCUCAGAUACUGAAUAAGUCUGGUAUCCAGAUACCCGUUCACCGCAUGUUCCAGGGAGUAGACACAGACGUGUUCUAUCCAGCAAACAGGCAGGCCGGGCUCGAAGGGGGGCAAGGAAAGCAACAAAGGGAGCAGCAGGCCUUCUUGCAGGUUGCAAGACCUUACAAGCUGCGCGAUCGAUUCGUCGUCUUCUCGGGAGGAAAGUUCGAACUUCGCAAAGCGCAGGACAUCGCCUUCCGCGAGCUCCUUGCGCAGAAACUGGACCCCAGACCCAUCCUCUUGUUUGCUUGGCACAAUCCUUGGCCGAUUCGUUGGUAUGCAGAGGGGGGAGGACCUGGGUACACCAAAGGGAUGCCGCAGCUACAGGCGGAUGGGAGGUACGACUUUACAGAGUGGCUCUCGCUCAACGGCAUCUCUCCAUCGGACUCUUUCGACCUCGGUCAUCGCAGCGCAGAGGAGCUGUCAAGUGUCCUGAGGAACUGGGUUGACGUCGCCGUGUUCCCGAACCGAUGCGAGGGAGGGACGAACCUGGCCAUGGCAAGUGGAGUUCCCGUCAUCCUCUCUGCCAACACAGGGCAUUUGGAUCUCAUCCAGCUCGCCUGUCCCCAAGGAGAUGCUCCGACCGCCUCCUGCGUUCCUCUGCGGAAACAGAAGGCCAUCGUGAGCUCCACGGAGGGGGCCACGAACCCUUACACGGGCUGGGGGGAGAGCUACCUCGAUGAGAUCGUGAGCGCCAUGAAGGGGCUCCUCGCGGACCCAGCAAGGUCGAGGAAGGUGGGAGGCAAUGCGGCGAAGGUGGUUCAUUCGAGCUCGCAUGACAUGGAACACAACAGUCCGCUCGCUGAAGCAAGUGUGUGGGUAUCGGCAGAUAUCGGAGUGAUGAAGCGUAGGGAAGUUCACGCAUUAACCUCUGCGAAUGCUCUGAUGGGAGCAGCACAGGGCGACAGAGGCGGGGUUGACGUGUUCCUGGGCCUCCGCCGGCAGACGAAGGAGAAAGUGCCGGAUCUCUUCGGCUGUGGGAUCAUAUGGCGGCUCGACAAGAAAGGAUGCAUGGUAGUCAGCGGAGUGGUACCCAACAGCCCAGCUAGUGUGAGCACUCCCUCAAUCCUUGUCGGCGACAUCCUCCUCAGCGUCGACGGCGUCGAAGUCCCGGAGGCGCUGGACCAGGCGCAGGUGGCGCAGGUGGCGCAGUCCUUCCUCGGACCUGAAAACUCAACGAUCGUGCUGGGACUCUGCCGCCCUCUCAAGAUCCCCAUCGAUCCAUCGCAGCUGGAAGCUCUGACCGAGGGGAACGCUGACUACUUCCUCGGCAUCUUGGGUGACGUCACCUGUGCGACGUUCCAUGUUGAGAUCACGCGAUUCGCCUACAAGAAGGAGUCCAACGAGGGCUGGAAGGAAUUUGUGGAGAGCGGUCAGAUGAGCCUUGACGAAGAUAGUCGGAUUCUGUUUUGA